UAAAGGGGGGUGGGGCUGUAGGAGCUCCUGAAAUAAUAGCAUGACAAUCAAACGACCUCUGUACUGUACUCCUACAUACACCAAGGUUGUGUGUAUUCAUUGUAUAGCUAGCUGGAGUGAGUUAUCAUCAUGCUGCUACAGAGAGCUCCUAGGUCUACUUUGAGGAAUGGAUCUGGACUGUUUAAGUCUCUGUUCCAUUCCACUCCGUCUGCCCGUGCUCAGCUAGACCAUACCCACCAGUUUGUGGUGGUGGGGGGUGGUGCAGGAGGUCUAGCUGUAGGGUCAUGGAUACGAAGAAAAUACGGAGAAAACAGUUUAGCAAUUAUCGAGCCUGCCGACACACACUAUUAUCAGCCGAUGUUUACGCUAGUCGGAGGAGGAGCGAAAAAAAUGGACGCCACUGCACGUCCUAUGGCUUCCCUCAUGCCGCCCGAUGCCAAGUGGGUGCGGUCUAGUGUGACAGAGUUCCGCCCCGACGAGAAUUACGUAGUAACAGCGGACGGACAGCGUGUGGGAUAUGAGUAUCUGGUGGUGGCACUAGGACUGGAGGUCAAGUAUGACGGGAUCAAAGGCCUACAACCGCUUCUGGAGGAUCCACAAUCGAUGGUGUCCACGAACUAUUCUCCUUUGUACGCCUCCAAGACGUUUCAGAACAUUCAGAGAUUUACGGGGGGUAACGCAAUAUUCACAAUGCCCCCCCUACCCGUGAAAUGCCCCGGAGCCCCCCAGAAGAUUAUGUACCUGGCCGAGGACUAUUGGAGGAAGCACGGUGUUCGUGACGAGACCACGGUGACGUACAAUACAGCGCUAGGAGUGAUAUUUGGUGUCAAGAAAUAUGCAAAUAGUCUGCUCAAAGUUGUCGAGGAGAGGGACAUUAAAUUGAACUUUCAACGCAAGUGUGUGGAGAUCACAAAGAACGAGGCAAUAUUCGAGAACACGCAGGAAGGAACAAUCGAAACGUAUAAGUACGACUUCCUCCAUGCCAGUCCUCCGCAAGGUCCACUGGCGAUGAUGAAAGGUCAACCAAUCAGUGAUGAGAUAGGUUGGGUUGAUGUAGACAAAACCACCCUCCAACAUAGAAGAUAUCCUAAUGUGUUUGGAAUUGGAGACUGUACGAAUGUGCCCACUAGCAAGACGGCCGCUGCUGUAGCUGCUGAGUCGGCAAUCCUCAAGACUAAUAUAGCGGCAGUUGUGAAAGGGUUAAAUCCAAGUGCUCUGUACGAUGGGUACACCUCCUGCCCACUCAUCACUGGCUAUGGGAAGACCAUACUGGCUGAGUUUGACUUCAACGCCAAUCCUCUCGAGACCUUCCCAUUCGACCAGGGAAAAGAGAGACGGAGUAUGUAUCAUCUAAAGAAAGACGUGAUGCCUGAGCUAUACUGGGAGGGGCUACUCAAGGGACUGUGGGGGGGACCCGCCAUAGCUAGGAAGAUCAUGCAUCUAGGCACGAGGGAGUAAGGAGGACAGUAAGGAGGACACUUCGAGAGACUUGUUUUUAGCAAAUGUAAUUUUGGCUAUAAUUUUAGUAUUAUGUGUAAAUUUUAAUAUCGAAGUUUGUUUUGUAUGA